AUGGCUGGAAUCUUCUUCUCUUUCAGGUCUCAGAGCAGAAGCUACCUCCUAAAAGAAAACUUUCCUGACUACUCUAUCUCAACCUGGGACACAAGAUUGAAAAGGACCGCUAAGAACAUUCCUGAGCAAGAACUGUGCUGUGACAUGGAGAUGGAAGGGUUUACGAGAGAGGGUUCUCAUCUCCCCAUUCUAGGUAACAGUCGGGAUGGUGAGAGCCAGCAGGGACCUUUGAGCCCAUCAGCCUUAACCCAGGAGAAACCAGGAGCUGAGGAAGCCAUUCGUGAAUAUCCUGUAUUUGUGGAGCAUUUGCAGGUGAGCCCAGACCUUCCGCAGCGUCAGAGAGUUCCGGCAACAAAUGGUUUCCAUGCACGUGGCUCAGAUGUUAAAAGUCUGGAUUGUGACCCAGCUUUGCAUAAUUGUCGGAAAAGUUAUAUAGCUAAGAGAUCGGGUGACAGUGACACCUGUGGGAAGGCCUUCAGCCAUUCUGUGGAAGUUAUUCAAUUUGGAAGAACUCAAACUAGAGAGAAACCCUAUAAAUACCCUGAAAGUGUUAAGUCUUUCAACCAUCUUACCCCUCUUGGUGAACAAAAAAUGAUGAAAAGAGGGAAGAAACUGUAUGAAGGUAAGCACUUUGGGGACAUCUUCACCUUGAGUUCAUCUCUUAAUGAAAACAGGAGGAACAGCCCUGGAGAGAAAUUGUAUAAAUGUACUGAAUGUGGCAAGUGCUUCAAACGGAACUCUUCUCUUGUUUUGCAUCACCGAACUCAUACUGGAGAGAAACCUUAUACCUGUAAUGAGUGUGGAAAAUCCUUCUCCAAGAACUAUAACCUGAUUGUGCAUCAAAGAAUCCAUACAGGAGAGAAGCCCUAUAAAUGCAGUAAAUGCGGGAAAGCCUUCAGCGAUGGGUCGGCUCUGACGCAACACCAGAGGAUUCACACGGGGGAGAAACCUUACGAAUGUCUAGAAUGUGGGAAAACCUUCAACCGAAAUUCGUCCCUGAUUCUGCAUCAAAGAACUCACACAGGGGAAAAACCAUAUAGAUGUAAUGAGUGUGGGAAGCCUUUCACGGACAUCUCCCACCUCACUGUGCAUCUCAGAAUCCACACUGGGGAGAAGCCCUAUGAGUGUAGCAAAUGUGGAAAGGCCUUCCGAGAUGGCUCGUACCUCACCCAGCACGAGAGGACUCACACUGGAGAGAAGCCCUUUGAAUGUGUGGAGUGCGGGAAAUCCUUCAACCGUAACCCUCACCUCAUCGUGCAUCAGAAGAUCCAUUCUGGGGAGAAACCCUACGCGUGUAAAGAAUGUGGGAAAACGUUCAUUGAGAGUGCCUACCUCAUCAGGCACCAGAGGAUCCACACCGGUGAGAAGCCCUAUGGCUGUGACCAGUGUCAGAAACUUUUCAGGAACAUAGCUGGCCUCAUCCGUCACCAGAGGACUCAUACUGGUGAGAAGCCCUACGAGUGCAAUCAGUGCGGCAAAGCUUUCAGGGACAGCUCCUGUCUGACAAAGCACCAGAGGAUUCACACUAAGGAGACCCCAUACCAGUGUCCAGAAUGUGGGAAGUCCUUCAAGCAGAACUCUCACCUGGCUGUACAUCAGAGACUCCACAGCAGGGAGGGUCCCAGCCAUUGUCCUCAGUGUGGGAAAACAUUCAGAAGGACCUCUUCCCUCAUCCGACACCAGAGGUCACACCCCGGAGAACAGCCUGUGGACGUUUAAUGAACGUGGGCCACACUCAUCUCCCGACUGGCUCUCGGAAACCUAGGUGAAGGAGGAGUGUCUUCUGGGUGGCUUCUCCCUGUCAGUGGAAGAGACUGCUUUGGGCUAUCCAGUGAAUUGAGGAAUGUGAGACAUUUCUUAGCCAUACUGUUAAGUCUGUACAUUAGGGAACUCUUGGAGAGGAUACAGGAUGGUAAUAAAUGUGGCAAAGGCUUCAGGGGUGAUUCAGCCUGUACCAAACAUGGUAGUGCAUACACUGGAAUAAAGCCUUUGAAAAUCAGGUAGACACUUCCCUGGAGGACCCACCUACCCAUAUGUCAGAGCCCUUAAGCUGGAAAGAGCCUGUGUAAUUGGAUGAGGAAUCGUUUAGCAGAGAGUGUCUGCCUUACUGUAUGUAAGCAAACUCUUACUGGAUUCCAGGGAGGGAAGCUUCCGGCAGGAGCCCUGACUGUCUUGCCUGUGUCAGCAAAGGCGUGCUUGUGCUGGUGAGAAAGCCCACCCAGUGCUCCACCCACAGCAACCACAGAAUCACAGAGGAUUGCUGUUUGAACGUAUUUCCUGCUAGAUGCCGAGGGCUUGUGUCAGCGGGGCAGCUGGGUGAGGAAGUCGCUUGUGAGUGAACAAUGAUGUUAUCCCUCUUAAGUGGAGACUGAAGCAGGUUCCUCCAGGAAGGAAAAGGCUGCUGCUGAGAAAUGUGAUGUGUUGCUUUAGUCGUUGAGACAAACAGAAAAACACCAUGUUGUUAUGUUUACGUUGUCACCCUCAUUGUUCAUUUGGACACUUGUGAUUUGUUUCGUGCAACCACGCCAAACCAUAAUGAUAAAGGUUUUGUUGUCAUAUUGAAAACACUUACAAUGUGGCCGGCAACCGAAAGCAUAAAAUAGGAGAUUUUCGGUUGCUACAGCCAUAUAAAGGCGUGCACACAUAUGGGUGUCGGCUGGAAGUUGAUUGUGGAGAAAUAAACGUGGUUUUCCUAA